AUGGCUUUCAAAGAUAUAGCCGUAGACUUCACCCAGGAAGAGUGGACAUUGCUAGACUCGUCCCAGAGAAAGCUGUUCAGAGAAGUGAUGCUGGAGAAUAUCAACCAUCUGGUCUCAGUCGGACUCUCCGAUCUCUCUUUGACCUUGUUCAUGGGAGCAAUAGUAGAAGGAAUUCAGGUCUGCAAAUUGGAUGUGCUUUCCCAGUUGUCACAAGGAAAGAAAGUUUGGAGAGAAGGAAUAGGACUUACCCAAAACCAUUGUCCAGGCAAGAAAAGUCCAUGUAAAAAGCAAAAAAUGACAGUUUUGCACCUUACCUGUAGGAAAGACCAUUCUGACAUGUCAUCGCAGAUAUCUCACACUCAACAGAAUUCUUUUCAGUAUAAUCAUUUGCUGGAAGAUUCCACUCUCAGAUCCACAGUGACUAAGCAUGCAUUAAUUCCCAUGGGAAAGAAACCAUUUUUAUGGAAACCGCUUGGAAAAGUCCUUAGUGACCAUUCGUCUUUUAAUCAACAUAAGCAGAUUCACAAUACAAGUAAAUCAUAUGAAUGCCAUCGAAGUUCUAAAACCUGUAUUGAAAGCUCUGGCCACAGACAAUUCAGUCGAACUCAAAUUGGAAAUAAGCCAUGUGAAUGUACUCUAUUUAGGAAAACUUUUCACCUUAGACAACAUGAGAAAAUUCGGACUGGAGGGAAGCUCUGUGAAUGUCCUUUAUGUGGAAAAGCCUUCAGUCAAUCUAACCUUCAAGAGUAUGAGAGAGCUCACACUGGAGAAAAACACUAUGAAAGCCAUCUAUGUGGGAAAGCCUUCAGUAAUCAUUCUAAUCUUAAACAACAUGAGAUAACACACACUGGAGAAAAAUGCUAUGAAUGCUAUACAUGUGGGAAAGCCUUUCAUUAUAGGUCUGCCCUCAGAGCACAUGACAGAACUCACACUGGAGAGAAACUCCAUGAAUGUUAUCUAUGUGGAAAAGCCUUCACACAACGUUCUUAUCUUAGACACCAUGAGAGAACACACAGUGGUGAGAAACCUUAUGCAUGUCAUAUAUGUGGGAAAGCCUUCCGUCAUUGUUCUACCCUCAGACAACAUGAGAGAACGCACACUGGAGAGAAACCCUAUGAAUGCAAUACCUGUGGGAAAGUUUUUAAGUAUUCUCUUUCCCUCAUGCUACAUGAGAGAAAUCACACCGGAGAGAAACCCUAUGAAUGCCAUACAUGUGGGAAAACCUUCCCUCGUAGUUCUACCCUUAGACAACAUGAGAGAAUUCACACUGGAGAGAAACCCUAUGAAUGCAACACAUGUGGGAAAGUCUUCAUUCGUUCUUAUUCCCUCAUGCAACAUGAGAGAACUCACACUGGAGAGAAACCCUAUGAAUGUAACACAUGUGGGAAAGGCUUCAUUCGUUCUUAUUCCCUCAUGCAACAUGAGAGAACUCACACUGGAGAGAAACCCUAUGAAUGCUGUACAUGUGGAAAAGCUUUCACCCGUUCUUCUCGCCUCAGAAUACAUGAGAGAACUCACACUGGAGAGAAACCCUAUAAAUGCCAUACAUGUGGAAAAGCUUUCAAAUGUUCUUAUGCCCUCCGAGUACAUGAGAGAACUCACACAAGAGAGAAACCCUUUGAAUGCUAUACAUGUGGAAAAGCUUUCACCCGUUCUUCUCACCUCAGAAUACAUGAGAGGACUCACACUGGAGAGAAACCCUAUAAAUGCCAUACAUGUGGAAAAGCUUUCAAAUGUUUUUCUGCCCUCAGACUACAUGAAAGAUCUCACACUGGAGAGAAACCCUAUGAAUGCCAUCUAUGUGGGAAAACUUUCAGGCAGUCUGGUACUCUUAGAGAACAUAAGAAAACACACUGUGGCAAGAAACCCUAUGCAUGCCAUACCUGUGGUAAGGCCUUCAGAUAUACUUCUUCCCUCAGAAGACAUGAGAGAACUCAUACUUAAGAGUAUCCCAAUGAAUGUCAUCUGUGGGAAAAACUUCAGGCAACCUUCUCGUCUUAGAGUGCAUGAGAGAACACACAAUGGCAAGAAACCCUAUGCUUGCCAUGUGUGUUACCCUUCAGUCAUUAUUCUCAACUUAGACAAGAUCAGAGAGUAUACACAGGAUAGAAACUUUACAAAUGCCAUAUAUGUGGAAAAGGCUUCAUUUAUUCUUCAGACCACAUGGGAGAACUCACAGUGUCAUGUAACCCCAUGAAUGUCAUCUAUGUGGAAAAUCUUUUCUUGUAGUUCUUCCCUCAGAAAACAUGAAAGAAUGCACAGUGGACAAAAGCCAUAAGAAUGCCAUCUUAAUUUUUCUCUUAUACAACAUGAAGCUAAUCAAAUUUGAGAGAAACCUUGUGAAUGUCAUCAAUGUGGGAAAGUCUUCAAUGCUUUGACCUAGAUGAAAUGAGAGUUCUCACACUACGUGUUUUGAAUAUGCAAGAGAUUUGAAUCAUAGCUUCAAAUUUUAGACACACUAGAGAACUGACAUACUGAAGAAACAGUAUGUUCAUAAUCAGUAUGAUACCUUUUGUUAUCAGUCGUAUUUCAUUUAACAUAAUUCAUACAGGAGAGAAUCUGUAUGAAUGCCACCAAUGUAGAAAAGCCCUUAGUAGAUGGUCUGAUGUUAUAUCGUAUGAGAGGACUCAGAACAUAAAUCUAAUGGAAAUGAAGAUUCCUAAUGGACUACUCUUAUAUGCAAGGCAGAGAAAUUACAUGUGAAAAAUUCUCUCUGUAUUCAAUGUGGGAGUGCCCUAAUUUGUAAUUCAUCCUUUCAAUAAAAUAAGU